AUGGACGACAGUCGAAGCCCGUCAUCUAUCCCACGCAAGCGCCGACGCCCGGCCUUGUCCUGCGAGCAGUGCCGUCGACGCAAAGUGCGUUGCGACCGUGAGAUGCCUUGCGGGCCAUGUUCGAAGACUCACGACGCGUCCGCAUGCUCUUAUGUCUAUGAAGGGAAAACUGCUUUGGAAUCACGAACUAAAAAAUUCAUUUCAAAUGAGAAUGAGCCCACAUCUCGGCUUUCGAGCUCCCAGGGACCUUCCACUGGAGCCGAUAUACUCCCUAAUGGAUCCCGGAUGACACAGCUGGAGCGAAGUAUUAAGCUGCUUCAAGAGCGAGUCCAGGGCCUCGAAAAUAAGACCCAGGGUGGGAACGGUCCCACGCGUUUAUUUCCAGCAGAUGGCAGGAAUGACGGGGCUCAAGAUGUUAAUGAGCUUCAUGAUCGUGUCACACGGUUGGAGCAGCAACUAGACAACAAGACUAAAACAUCCGAAACGCUGAUUCCUUCAUUGAAUCCAUAUCUCAAAAUCUGCGGCGACAGAUCAAAGACCUUUGGAACUACACAUUGGGCGCAAGCGUUUCAACGCGUAUGUCAUCCUUUCAUUCCACAAAAGGCCUUGAGUCGCUUAACUAUAAAGAUGCAGCUCUAUCAAAUACGCCAAAUCCGUUUACUGUCCCGUGAUUCAGAGUCCCAUCCCAGUGAAAUUGGUAAAGGUCUCAGGACCGCGCGGUCGCUCAGGCAAACCAUCAAAGGUUGGCAAGCACCGCGGCUUCAGGACCCAGCUCCGCACUUGUUGCGCGACUUGCCUCCGAGAGAAAUAUGCGAUCAACUUGUACGCCACUAUAUGCGGACCCUCGAAUUGAUUUAUCGUGUGUUACAUGUCCCUUCUUUCUAUCAAGACUACGGUCGCUUUUGGGAACAACCGCACUCGGCCUCGACUGCCUUCCUUCUCAAGCUUCUCCUGAUACUUACCAUUGGAUCUAUCUUUCACUGCGAAGAAGGACCAUGUAAUUCUCUCGGUCUACCGAUUCGUCGCUGGAUAUAUGCAGCGCAUUGGUGGCUGACGGGACCGUCGGAGAAGGAGGCAGGAAACCUGGAAGGAUUGCAGGUCCAUUGUUUCUUGAAUCUCUGUCGGCAAACACAUGCUAUAAACAAAGAAAGCAACUGGGCAUCCGCAGGUUCACUUCUGCGACUGGCUAUCAACCAAGGGCUAAACCGCGACCCCAAGCAUUUCCCGUCGUUGUCGGCCUUUGAUGGCGAGAUGAGGCGACGUGUAUGGGGCACAGUCCUGGAGUUGAAUUUGCAGCUUUCACUUGAUACAGCGAUGCCACCGCUGCUAACGAAAGAUGACUUCGACACCGAGCCGCCAUCAAACCUAGACGAUGAAGACUUUGACAAGACAACAAUCACUCUGCCAGAUACAAGACCUAUCGACAGCUAUACUCACUCGUCUAUGCAGAUUCUCCUUCUGCAAUCGUUUACUACCCGCCUGCGAAUUGCGAAGAUCAUUAAUCAGUGCAACAUCAAGCAGUCAUAUGAAACCUGUAUGGCUCUUGAUGCAGAGUUGAACACAUCCUGCAAGGAAAUGACGGUCCUGUUCCAUAAAUAUCUAGUUCACACUCCCAGGCGCAGACUUGGCCCAACUCCGUUUCAUCAUCGACUCUUGGACACAUUGCUGCGGAGAUUUCUGCUGAGUCUCCACCGUCCAUUCACGGUUCAAGCUCUUGAGGACCCGCGAUUCUACUUGUCUCGAAAGCUGAGCCUUGAGUCUGCAAUGGCGACAGCUUCAUACACAGAGUUUCCUGAUAAUCCACAAAAUGAGUGGCAGCAAGAUGUUUAUCGUCUCAGCCUUUCUGGUGCUGGCCUUUUCAAAUUUCAUCUGUCUUUGGAUGUCAUUGUUGUCAUUGGCCUGGAAGUUACCACUCAAAUAGCAGAGGAGCUUUCCCGGAAGCCUUCCGAGUCUGCCGUGCUACCUCCAAACGCAGUGGACCAGAUGGCCCAAACCGCUCGCGCUCCGCUAAUACAAGCACUCGAGUUUAUUCUCGAGCAGCUUCAUCAGGGAAUUGCUGCUGGCAUUCCAAGCCUGAAGCGAUAUUGUCUUCUGGUCGGCAUCCUUGCGCAAGUUCGUACCAUGCAUGGCGGAGACCAAGCUGUGCAAGCGAAGAUCAGUGAAGCAUUUUUGGAGAGUCUAGAGGAGUGUCGCAGGCUACUUCAACAGUAUAUCUCGGAUAGCUCUCAUCCAUCUUCAUUGGAUGGUAAUCUGCAGGAUAUGCCUCAGGGAGUGAAUACGUGGACCCCAGAGAGUGUGAUGGUGUCAAGCCUUAGCUCGGAAUUUACGGUACGAUACUAUUUCAAUAUGGAGAUUCACUUUAUUACUUGA